CAGUCAUAGAGAGCGACUGUCUCACUGUGAUACUGACUACCAAAAAUUCAAACUGCACCAAACGAAAUUUAGCCGUGCACAUGUUUAGUCACUAGUCAACAGUCGAAGUGAGAUAGUCUCUCUCUAAAUUAUAUUUCUAAAGUAGUUAAAAUAACCGGUGCUAUUAUAAAAUGGAAGUUUCAAGUCAAAGUAGUAAGUCUACUGUGGACAAUAAGUUAAAGUGUUCAGUCUGCGGAAAAAAAUAUGCGAAAAACUGUAAUUUAAAAAGACAUUUUGAGUCAGUUCAUUCAGAAACGCAUCGUUUCCAAUGUAGGAAUUGUGAAGUGUAUUUUUCGGAAAACGCUACACUACAAAAACAUUUAAAUCGUCAAAUCUGUGUAAUUAAGAAGGACAAGAAACUGAUGGACAUUACGUAUGAUUGUAAAGUGUGCAAAAAAAAGUUUGGUGCUCAGCAUGUCCUCAAUUUACAUAUCAAGCAAAACCACCCUGAAAACUAUUAUAAAUAUAACUGUAGUCAAUGUGAUCUUAUGUUUAGCUCGAAACAAGGUCUCUAUGGCCAUGUGGAUACCAUUCACAAUAACAAUAAAGCCAAGUGUUUAAUUUGUGGAUUGGAAUGCUACGACAAAUAUAAAUUAAAUAGACAUAUCGAAAAUGUCCAUUCACCAAAUGCUAUGAAAAAGAGGGAUGACAAAUUAGCAGCAAGGUCUGAAGCAGAGUUAAACAGGGAAGUCUAUCGCAAGUUGAAGUCAGAUCCCGGUCACAUUCUAGUCAAGUCAACAGUUGAUCCCAGUGAACACUAUUAUUUAAAAUUAAAUAAGAAACAACGAGAACGGGUCAACAAUCAGAAAAUGUUAAAACCCAUCGUGAAGGAACCAGUCAUAGGCCAGCAUCAUAUCAAAGGUUGGGGAUACACUUCUGAGGGAAACGAGUGUCCCAUCAAUUACGUCAAGUUGACAGAUGAACAAAGAAGAAGUUCACGCCAAGUUUAUGGAUAUGUGUGGCGUGACGGUAAAACUUUCGAGAUUCUGGAGGUGUAUUAUGGGAUGACGUGUGAUACAGCUAUCAACGGAGCAAUUGCUAAGUGGACUACGAUUAAAGCUUCGACAGACAAAGGUUGUUCAGACAGACGGAUGUAUGACGCCGGUCAUUUUUUUGUCCUGAAGAGGCGUUUUUGAUUGAGGGGAUGGUUGGACAUCAAAAAUGGGUGGUAGGACAACUCAAGUGGUUAACUAGGAACGAGGCCGGAGGAAUUUGU